UCCACUCCAGGUAUGCGGAGCAGCCGCUCUUCCCAUGAAAGCUUGAACAAUGCCUCCUAUCGCUUCUUCGCGUCACAUUCUCCAGCCAUGCCUCAAGCCGUUGUUUAUCUCUUUCACUCACUUCACUAAAUCAUCUCUCUCACCGCGCAAAUUCCCCAUUCCCAGGCGAUUUUUCGUAUUAAAUCCUAGAAAAUUCUCUUGCUCGGCUAAUGCACAGUCUGCAGUUGAUAAUGGAGGAGGCGGACGUUCUGGUGCGAUGUCUUCGCCGUCAGUUCUUGAAUCCGUGGAGAAAAUUGACGUAAAUCCCCCAAAAGGGACCCGGGAUUUCCCUCCAGAAGACAUGCGCCUCCGCAAUUGGCUUUUUCACCAUUUCAAAGAGGUUUCACGAUUGUAUGGCUUUGAGGAGGUUGAUUUUCCGGUACUCGAGUCAGAGGCGUUGUAUAUUAGGAAAGCAGGGGAGGAGAUUCGAGACCAGUUAUAUUGUUUUGAAGACCGGGGAAAUCGUCGUGUUGCCUUGAGGCCUGAACUUACUCCUUCUUUGGCAAGGCUAGUGAUGCAGAAAGGAAAAUCAGUGCCCCUCCCACUGAAAUGGUUUGCUGUCGGACAAUGCUGGCGAUAUGAGAGAAUGACAAGGGGACGGCGACGUGAACACUACCAAUGGAAUAUGGAUAUUAUUGGUGUGCCCGAAGUUACUGCUGAAGCAGAGAUUAUUUCUUCUAUUGUCACAUUUUUCAAGCGAAUUGGGAUCACAUCUUCCGAUGUUGGAUUCAAGGUUUCAAGCCGAAAGGUUUUGCAAGAGUUGUUAAGGCGCUACCCUAUACCUGAAGAUUUAUUCAGCAAAGUUUGCAUCAUCAUAGACAAGAUUGAGAAGAUUCCAAUAGACGACAUUAAGAAGGAACUAAAGUCUACCGGGAUACCAGAAGAGGCUGUUGAGGAGUUAUUGGAACUCCUUUCCAUAAAAUCUUUGACAAAAUUGGAAGAGAAACUUGGAGGUUCAGUGGAAGCAAUUUCUGAUCUGAAACAACUAUUCUUGCUUGCUGAAAACUUUGGGUAUUCUGACUGGAUCCAGUUUGAUGCUUCUGUUGUUCGUGGCCUUGCCUACUACACUGGUAUUGUUUUCGAGGGGUUUGAUAGAGAAGGAAAGUUGAGAGCCAUUUGUGGUGGUGGCCGAUAUGAUAAGUUACUCUCUACUUUUGGCGGUGAUGAUGUUCCAGCUUGUGGCUUUGGAUUUGGUGAUGCUGUUAUCGUAGAACUGCUCAAAGAGAAGGGUCUCCUACCAGAACUCAGCCUUCAAGUAGAGAACAUAGUCUGUGCCCUUGAUCGCGAUCUUCAAGGAGCAGCGGCUACAGUAGCAACUGUACUCCGAGAGAAAGGUCAAACUGUCGACUUAAUUUUGGAAAGCAAACCUCUUAAAUGGGUAUUCAAACGAGCAGCCCGAGUAAAUGCACAAAGGCUGAUCUUGGUUGGGAAUACAGAGUGGCAGAAGGGUAUGGUUGGUGUGAAAAUUCUGUCGUCUGGCGAACAAUUUGAAAUUAAACUGGAUGAGCUAGAAUAGUAAGUAAUGAAUUGAACUUCUAUGGUUUGCAUUGUACUCAUGCUUGUAAUUUUGGAGAUAGGUUAGAACUUAAAUUAAUCCAACGUCCUUUAUAGCAGUAGGGUUAUGCAACUCAAGUGGCUUGACAGAUUGUUAAAAUUCUCUCUUAUUUUUGACUCUUGAGAUCUGAAAGUAUGGUUUUCCAUAUUUGUGUACUGGUCAAACUAAGGAAAUCGGAAAAUGAUCUCCAUUUUUGUAAUUGGGUCGUUGCGAUGAUGAUAUUAUCUUAUACCUGAA